CCGGUCCCCCCUGAACCUCGGCACGCACGGCACGCCGCGCCGCGCUCCGCUCCCUUCCCGACUCCCGAGCGAAACCCCUGCGCCGCUGCCCGCACUCCCCUUCUUCCCCCUUCCGCUCGGCUCCCCGCAUUUCCUACCCCCAAUUUCCCAUCCGAAAUUCGAAUCGCCCGCCUCCCGAGCCCUCGCCGAUGCCCUCCAAGCGCCCGUCCCCGCACGCCAUGGACGAGGCCGGCGCCGCCGCGUCCGCCUCCGCCGCGCGCCUCCGCCCCUCCACCCCGCGCUCCAAGAAGCGCUCCUCCCGCUCCAAGCCCCGCGCGCGCUCCCGCGACCGCCGCCGCUCCCCGAACCCUAACCCUAGCUCCCGCCGCGAGCGCGGCUCGGAGCCCGGCUCCGCGGUGCCCGCGCCCGCGCCCUCCCGCAAGAGCGACCGCAGGCCCAGGCCGCGCUACAUCCCGGACUCCGCCACGCUCGCGACGGCCAUCGCCUCGUCCGCCGCCCCCUCGUCCGGCGGCGGCGGCCGCGGCAGCGCGGGCGCCAUCUCCAAGCUCUGGACCGAGGCCGACGAGGUCGCGCUGCUCACGGGCGCGGCCGCCUUCAAGGACCGCACCGGCGUCGCGCCGCGGCUCCCGGACAUGGCCGACCUGUUCGAGUCCAUCAGGGACUCCCUCUCCCCGCACCUGGACCAGGCCAAGAUGUACUACAAGCUCAAGCGCCUCAAGAGCAAGUUCCAGCACUCCGUGCCGGGGGACUCCAGCACCGCGCAUGAGCACAGGGUGCGCGACCUGUGCGCGGCCCUCUGGGAUGCCGAGCCCGCGCGCCCUGUAGAGAACGACGUCGUGGAGGCUGGGGAGGCCGAGGAGGACGACGCCGACGGGGGAUUCACUGGCGCCGAUAGGGAGGGGUCCGCGAGGCUGCCUAUGGUCAAGGAGGUGCUGGGAGAGUACUGGAAGGUGAACGGGCAGGGCCUGUCAGGGGUGUCGCUGGAGAAGGGUUUAGCGCUGCUUGGGUCACAGGAGGCUAGUGCGGCUGAGGUCAAGUGGAGGCGACAGCUCGAGGCGGAUAUGCGCAUACAGAUGCGUCGGCAUGAACUGGGAAAAGAGGUCUAUGGCCUGCUCAUCGAUGCCAUCAAAGGCCUAGGGCCUUAGCUUGGGUGCUGUUGGUGGAGUACAUAGCGGGAUACAUAGUUGUGGUGUUAUUUUGUAGGCUGAUCAAUCCAACCUCUUGGUUGCUGACAGAAAAGACCUAACAAGGUGUGAGGUGCGGUAGGGGUUUGCACGAAUCAGUCGUGUCAAUUUGUCUAGCUGUCGAACAAUUCAAUGAUUGUCUAAGUCACUUAGUAUUGGAUUCUGGAGGUGUUCUGUUUGCUAAUCUGUCUGCAAAGAAAGCUUGGUCUACGAUCAGACAGCUUUCAGAUGAAUGCUACAUUUCUGUAAAUCAUUCGCUAAGUAUUAUUGCGAUGAUACUGUGUUUAAGUGUAGAAUCCAGUAGUUCAAUUUGUCUUCUUGGUAUGAUAUGUUGCUGUCUUGGCUCGAUA